UUCAGAGAGUGAUUGAUUUCAGAACUUAAGCUACAGGGUUUCAAGUUUCAAAGAGAUGAACUUAGACAAUGACUGCAGCAUGUCAGUCAGUUGUGGCAAUGGGAAGCUUAGGCAAUGGCUGAUUGAUCAGGUUGACAACGGAAAGUACCCCGGAUUGGUUUGGGAGAAUGACGAGAAAACCAUUUUUAGGAUCCCCUGGAAACACGCCGGGAAACAGGACUAUAACAGAGAGGAGGAUGCCGCACUCUUCAAGGCGUGGGCGCUUUUCAAAGGGAAAUAUCGAGAGGGGAUCGACAAACCUGACCCCCCGACAUGGAAAACUCGUCUCCGAUGUGCACUGAACAAAAGCAAUGACUUUGAGGAACUGGUGGAGAGGAGCCAGUUGGACAUUUCGGAUCCAUACAAAGUUUACAGGAUCAUUCCUGAAGGAGCAAAGAAAGGAGGGAAACAGAUCAGUAUGGAGGAGCCCACAACACACAUGAACACUUUGAGCUAUUCUAUGCACUCUCCAUACCCUCAACUGCAGACUCAGGUGCCAAACUACCUGGUGCCCCAUGAGAGGAACUGGAGGGACUACGUCCCAGAGCAGCCCCCACAUCCGGACCUGCAGUACGGGCAGUGCCCCUACCCCCCACGCAACCUGCCCUGGCAAGGGCCGCCCGUCGAGAAUGGGUACCAGAUAACUGGAUCGUUCUAUGCGUGCUCACCCACGGAUUCCCAGCCACCAGCGUUUUCCCUGGAUCCCAGUAUGAGAUCUGCAGAGGCUAUGGCCCUGUCUGAUUUCCGCCUGCACAUCUCCCUCUUCUACCGGGAGUCCCUAGUCAAGGAGGUGACCACCACCAGCCCGGAGGGUUGCCGAAUCUCCUCGUCCCUGGAGGACAAGCUUUACGGCAGCAUGGACCACGUGCUCUUCCCCUUCCCUUACCCACAGUCCCAGAGGAAAGGGGCGGAGAAGCUGCCCAACACGCUGGAGAGGGGCGUCCUGCUGUGGAUGGCGCCGGACGGGCUGUACGCCAAGCGGCUGUGCCAGAGCCGGGUGUUCUGGGAGGGGCCCCUGGCACCAUACGCCGACAAGCCGAACAAGCUGGAGAAGGAGCAGACCUGCAAGCUGUUCGACACCCAGCAGUUCCUCUCCGAGCUCCAGGGCUAUGCCCAUCAUGGACGCCCUGUGCCCAGGUUCCAGGUGGUUCUGUGUUUUGGGGAUGAAUACCCUGACCCCCAGAGACAGAGGAAGAUGAUCACAGCUCAGGUGGAGCCCAUGUUUGCCAGACAGCUCUUCUAUUUCACGCAGCAGACCAGCAGCCAUUACAUCCGGGGCUACGACUUCCCUGAGCACGGCGUGUCCCCAACGGAGGACUACCAGAGGGUCAUUCACCACAACCCUCUGCAGGAGUGACCGGCCCUCGCCCCGAUGGGGCCUGUCUUUCCCGGGACAAAAGGACUGAGACUUGCGAACAUUACUGAGAGCCGGGAGGAGGCUGGAGGUCAUUUCAUCCCCAAAGCAAAGAUUCCAGACACCCUGGGGAGGAGCCUGGACUGAAUCUACCCAGGCUGGACAAAGAAACCCUUGCCCUGUCUCUCUCUCUCUCUGACUGACUGUAGAGUAGAAGGACUGAUCUUGCUUUGGCUUUGUACGAACCUGCAUGUUAACUGGAUCAAACUUGGCGGCCCACCCCCUAGCUCUUUACUGUGAUGUUGUACUCAAUAUGGUGGACAACCCGGCUUCACUUACUCCUGCUCAGAGCUAUUGAACAUGGCUGUUAAUGCAGAUGUAGUUUUUUUUUAAUCUGGUUUAGUUGUGAGUGAGUGUGAGUGUGAGUGAGCUGACAUGACUGAAGACACAUACAGUUCCUACGAUGUGAUGAAAAUUUAAUCUUGUAGCCACAACUAAGAAUGGUUCUAGUAGCAAAUUGAGAUUAGCAAAUUUCUUGUCUAGAUGGAAAUACCAACAAUGUGUGCAUAUACAGAAUGGCCUUAAGCAUGUUGAGUUUCAACUGUGGUGUCUUUGUGAUUAUUAUCACGGUCUUAUACUUGAUGUGAUGACUGUUUUCUGGGUGUGAAUGCAGUAUUUCAAAAGGCGGACAUUGCCUUCAAUACUACUAAUACAUGCGAGUGUAUAUGAACACAAAACUCUGCAGCAAACACCGUGAUUUAAUACGGUAUUCUGCUCAAAAGUGCAUACCUAGCCUCUGUGCAUGUGUAGUGUACUCUAGGAUUGGACAAAUACCAUAUUUUUCUCUCUCUAAACUGAGUCAAACUACUUUUUCCAGAGCCAGUCUGAGGAAGCUAUUGAAAACUUGUAGCGUCCUCAUAUUGCCCAUGUGCCUGUGUAUUUCUCCCCUCUUUCCUGCUCCUGCACGCCAUGAAUGUUGAAAACCUGAGAAGCACUGCCGCUCGCCAGGCACGGACAACGAGCGAAGACUGACAUUGCGCGUGCUUCCACUUUCGUGCGAAAAA